CCAGCAAACACAACCUUUGAGUUGAGCUUGUUGAGUUGUUUUUUGAUGCCCUUUAGCUUUGUAUCCAGUGCAAGCAAGGUUGGACUGGCAAAGAGCGAGAUCUCACAAAUCAAGCAGUGAACAUUAUGACAGCUACAGAGUCAAUCUAUACUUUCACGGAGGACUUUGAUGUUACUCCUUCCGUCCAAGCAGACUUUGAUAAGAAUGGUUACAUCAUUGUCAGGUCUCUGUUGGAUUCCGAGGAAGUCAAGUUAAUGAAGGAAGCUCUUGAGUCCGACGAGGGAAUCAUUCGGUACGCGUUCAGCCGAGAGGACGGAGAGGGCGGAAAGAGCCGAAUGGUCCUGUGGAACCAGCCCGGAAAUGACAUCACAGGAGCCAUGGCUAGAUGUGAGAAGGUUGCAGGAACAAUGGAGAAGCUGUUGGGAGGAGAGGUGUACCACUAUCACUCCAAACUGAAUAUGAAGGUCGCUCGGACAGGGGGCGCUUAUGCAUGGCACCAGGACUACGGAUACUGGUACGAGAACGGAUGCAUCUUCCCCGAUAUGGGAACGGUCUUCAUCGCCUUGGACCAGGCUACGCAAGAGAACGGCUGUCUUAAGGUGCUCCCAGGCUCCCACCGGAUUGGUCGGAUUGAUCACGUGCGCGUUGGAGGCCAGGUGGGGGCGGAUGUGGAACGUGUUACAGAGAUCCAGAAGUUUCUCCCCCUAAUGCAUGUUGAGUUGGAGCCGGGUGAUGCGCUGUUUUUCCACUGUAACCUGCUCCACCGCAGCGAGCAGAACCACAGCGACAAGCGGCGCUGGGCCUUCCUGGUGGCGUACAACCGGGCCUCCAACAACCCGGUCAUAGAGCACCAUCACCCACGUUACACACCCAUGGCAAAGGUGCCCAACACUGCUAUCAAAAAGUGCACAACUGCAACAGAUCUCACCGGGAAAGAUUUCUUCGAUCCGGCAAAGGACAUUAGCCUCAAGAGGGUCUUCAAGAAAACCCAGCGCUGACGACUCUUACCUGCAAUUCACCCAAACUUCACAAGGGGGCCUUAUUUGAGGCUUUGUAGAUUUGCAGCAUUAUGUUUGGAGUGAUACAUCUGGUUUCAGCGUUAGUCGCGUUACAAAAAGUGUUUCAUAACCAGCACUAAAGCAAUAUAUAUGUACGAAAUCUACAAGAUGUUGCUGUUUAAAUCUACAUGGCAAUUUAUAUUUCUUUGACCAAUAUGUUCAUAAGAAUUGCAAUUGGCAAAUACAAAAUAACACCCAAAUGAAAAGGACUUUACCUUAAAGCUUGCAACAUGUAACGAAUCGGAAAAUGAUAACCUGUUUCAAUCCACGUGCAGGUGG